UCAGCAGCACCGGAUGGGAGGAGAGGAUAGAAGGAAGAGAGAGAGAAAGAGAGGAAGGCAAGGAGUGGAGAAGAACUCAAGGCGCAUUGUUUUAAUCUGCUCAGACAAUCAAGACAGGAGCUUCAUCUCCUUUUUUUUAUUAUUGUUUAAAGACAUUUCACUUUAUUCCAAGGCGACAUGCCAAAGGGGGGGUCCGCUCACUCCUGACGCGUAAGGCUACACGCCUUUUGGGCAUCACCGUCGAUAAAGGAUUGUUGGCACGACUAAACAGGGGUAAUAUUACCACUAAGUAUUCUGCGAUCCGCUGUGGGGGAAAACCAGAGGAAAGGAGGAGGAGGAAAGUAUGAUGAGAGGAUGAUUUCUGCAAAGAAAACUCUGGAGGAGAGUCGUUAUCCUGUCCACUAUCUGGUGUGGCACAACAAGCACCGUCAGCUGGAGAAGGAGCUGGCAACCAGCGACCAGCUGGAUUUAGAGUCUCUGGACCCUCGUGGCCGGACGCCUCUCCACCUGGCUGUCACUUUGGGCCACCUGGAGUGUGCCAGAGUUCUGCUGCAGCACGGAGCGGACGUUAGCAAGGAGAACCGUAAUGGCUGGACAGUACUUCAAGAGGCGGUGAGCACGAGGGACCCAGAGCUGGUGCGUCUGGUGCUGCGUUACCGUGACUACCAGAGGACUGCCAAGAGGCUGGCGGGGAUCCCCGUCCUGCUGGAGAGACUACGCCAAGCGCAGGACUUCUACGUCGAGAUGAAGUGGGAGUUUACAAGCUGGGUGCCCCUGGUGUCGCGGAUCUGCCCCAGUGACACCUACAGAGUGUGGAAGAGCGGACAGUGUCUCCGUGUGGACACCACCCUGAUGGGGUUUGAGCAGAUGACCUGGCAGAGAGGCAACCGGAGCUUCAUUUUCAGGGGGCAAGACUCCAGUGCGGAGGUGAUGGAGGUUGACCACGACAGGCAGCUGGUGUUCUGCGAGACCUUGUCCGUCUCUUCCCUGACGGCGCUCUCUCCUGGCAAGGGGAAAGCCGGAGCCUGCAGAGGCACCUGUGCCGGACUGGGUCUCCUGGGGGCGUCGCAGCCCAGCGACGAGCAGGUCGCGGUCAGGCUGUCUGCGCCGGUGGUGACCACUCAGCUGGACACCCGCAACAUUGCCUUCGAGAGGAACAAGACUGGCAUCCUGGGCUGGAGGAGUGAGAAGACAGAGACGGUGAAUGGAUAUGAGGCCAAGGUCUAUGCAGCGUCCAACGUUGAGCUGAUCACCAGAACAAGAACCGACCAUCUGACGGAUCAAAACAAGAACAAGACAAAAGGCGGCAGGACUCCACUGCAGAACUUCCUGGGGAUUGCGGAGCAACACAUGGGCUCUAAUAACGGGGGAAACAAGCAUCAGGAGCAGAGAGCAUAUGAAGCUUUGGUGACACAGAUGUCCACCCCCGCGGUGACGAACCCCGGCGCUCUGACGGCAGAGGAAUACUUUAACCCCAGCUCCACGCAGCAGACGCUGAGGGACAUCGGCCAGCCGUGCCAGCUCACCACCAAGACCCAGAGGUUUAAAGCCAAGUUGUGGCUGUGCGAGUCCCAUCCUCUGUCCCUGGCGGAACAAGUGGUUCCCAUCAUCGACCUCAUGGCCAUCUCCAACGCCCUGUUCGCCAAGCUGCGUGACUUCAUCACUUUGCGGCUGCCGCCUGGUUUCCCGGUUAAGAUCGAAAUCCCCCUGUACCACAUACUAAACGCCAGGAUCACCUUCAGCAACCUGAACGGCUGCGAGGAGGGAGCCGGCCCUCGUUCAGACAACGACACCGGGGUGGAGGGGGACGGCCAGCGGGACGCCGCCAGGACAGACGCCCCCUCUCCAGGCAGCGACUCCUCCAGCGUGUCCAGCUCCAGCUCCACAAUUUCAUGCAGAGCAGGAGAGAUUCCCCCAUGUGUGUUCGAGCCCCCGCCUGGAUACACCAUGCUAGGAGGCAAACAGAGAGACAGCAUGAGGGAGGAGGAGGAAGACUUACUGCAGUUUGCUAUACAGCAGAGCCUGUUGGAGGCCGGAACCGAAUACGAUCAGGUUACUAUCUGGGAGGCACUGACCAACAGCAAACCAGGAACGCACCCUCUGCCCUGUGACCCGAGUCGUGUUGAGAGGACGCCCCAGCACAAGCCCCGCCCCCCCUCCAGUCUCAGCUCCACCCCCUCCAAGAAGCAGCCGCACACCUGCACCUACAACGAGCAGCUGCGCAUCGCCAUGGAGAUCUCUGCCCGGGAGCAGGAAGAGGCGGACCUGCGGCGGCGGCGGGAGGAGGAGGAGCUUCAGCGGAUCAUCCAGCUGUCCCUGAUGGAGAAGUGAGAGCAGCUGGGGGGGGGGUCUGCCCAGAGGAUGAGGUGGGACAAAAGGGAGGAGGCGGCUGACCUGAUGAAGCACACGCCUGAACCAUCUGAGGGAAACAAUCAAAAGGCCUUCCUCUCUGUUCCCCCACCCCCUCCAUCAGACCCUCCCCUAGAAGCCAUACAGCGAUGAGGUCUGAGAGGGACUCCAUGUUCUGCUCAGAGGAAC